AUGACACCAAGGAGAGACGUAUUCCUCGAAAUGAAGGAUCUGGACACAGAACGUGUUAAUAUGGCGAACAAUACUCAGGCACAGGUUAAAGGCAUAGGUUCAGUGCGUUUUCAGAACCUUGAUGGCACAACCUUUGUUCUACAUGAAGUGCGCUAUAUGCCUGAGAUUGGAAGAAACCUGAUCUCUCUGGGAACUUUGGAAGAGAAGGGUUGUGUCUUCAAAGGUGGAGGUGGAGUGUUGAAGGUUAUCAAGGGAUGCACUGUGUUUAUGAAAGGUUCGAGAAACGGGAAAGACACGCUCUACUUCCUACAAGGGAAAGCCAAAUCAAGAGAGGCAUGUGUAGUGACGAGUGACAGAGCGAGUUAG